CUCUCUUCCAAAGUCCAAACUAGUCUAUCAUUCAGAAGAUGGCUUCCGGCUACGAAGUAGAGGUGGCGAUUUCUUCGGCCAAAGGCCUCAAAAAUGUGAACUGGCGACAUGGUGAGCUGAAGCCCUACGCCGUGGUUUGGGCAGACCCAAACAACAAAUGCUCUACCCAUGUGGAUGAAUACGGCGACGACUCACCCACGUGGGACGAGACACUCUCUAUCCCACUACGAGGGCCGGUUGAGGACUCAACCCUAUUUGUGGACAUCAUCCACGUCAAGGGGGAUGAGGACGUCAAGCCGUUGAUCGGAUCCGCAAAACUCCCGCUUAGGGAGGCCCUCGAGGACGUGGGGCUCGGGGUGCCGUCUGAUCACAUAUUGAAACUAAAACGCCCCUCAGGUAGGCCUCAAGGAAAGUUAGAAGUUAAAGUUACAAUCCGGUUGCCCCGUUACCAAGCACCCGACCUGUACCGCUCCCCUAUGCCUUACGGGUAUGGGGUCCCACCGCCGCAGACGAGAGAAUACGGCGCACCUCAGCAGUACAAUUACGCAUAUGCCCCUCCCACCCAACCCCAAUAUUACCAAAGCAGUGGUGCAGGGUAUGGUUACAAUCAGCCGUCUUAUGAUCAAACUCAGUAUGGGAGUGGCGGGUCGUACGGGUACGGGUCGUCGGAGAAGCCAAAGGAGAAGAGCAAGUUUGGGGUUGGGACCGGAGUGGCUGUCGGCGCUGUAGCCGGAGUUUUGGGUGGUCUUGCGAUUGUUGAAGGAGUGGAUUACUUGGAGGACAAGGUAGCUGAUGACGCGGCGGAGAAAGCGGAGGAGGAUCUUGGCUAUGGCGAUUUCGGCGAUGAUGAUUGAAAUUGACAUCAAUGAUCGGACAAAAGAUUCAUAGGCUUCUGUCUCUAGUCUCUACUCAAUACCGAUUCGUAUACUUUCAUAGCUGGCAUUGUACUCAACACAAAAGCAUUGAAGAUAAAUUUGACAGAAACAUAAGGUCUUCUUCCCAUUCCAUCCCAGCUCUUACUUUCCUUUGUCAGCUACAACUGACAAAGCCCCGCUUCUAUCUGAAUCGGAGAUGGGUCACACACAUGCAGGUCGCAAUUCCCAAGCUCAAGCCAUGAUCACACUGAGAUGGCAAAGACGAGAAUAUGAUCCAUGACAUUUACGAAUGAUCAAUGUAACUACUUGUUACAGACUUACAGGUACUUAUUAGUGUCACAAGUUACUGCGUCUAUAUGGUUUGACAGUCACGUACAAAAAGCUUCAAAAGCUGCAAGCAAAGCCUCCAUGUCGAGGAGAAAAGAUGUUCACCUGGUAAUCUUCAAAUAUGCUCUUACGAGUUACUUUGGGAAGAACUGUUCCAUGUAGUAAAUUCUGGAGUGGAAAUUGCAUUACCCUGCGACAAAUCAAAGUGCAUUUCUGUUGUCUGAAGAUUCACAAUAGCUGGACUAUUAUGGCAAUGGCAUCGAGAGACCACUCUCACUCCUCAAACCAAACCAAAAAAGUCCCUCU